AUGUCCGCGAGUAAAGACGUUGUGUUCCCAAACAUCCUCUGGGCGCAGCGAUCGGAGCACGUUUUCCUCUCCAUCCCGCUACAGGACGCUAGCAACGUCGUCGUGGAAAUUCGGGAUGGGCGCGUGCUACACUUUGCCGCCGCCGCCGGGGAGCAGAGUUACGGCUGCACCCUCGAGCUAUUCCAUGAAGUCUCCUCUGAAGAAAGUAGUCACGUGACGCUUCCGCGGCAGAUUGAGGUCAAACUCAAGAAGAAGUGGCCGAAUGACCCCAGUGACGACGAGGAGGCAGCACUCUGCCGCGCCUGGCCACGGCUGACGAAGGAGAAAGCGAAGAAUUGCCACAUUCAGGUCGACUGGUCACGCUGGAAGGACGAGGACGAUGACGCAGACACGGAGAGCGAGGGGGGCUUGGACUUUGGCUACGGCAAUAUGAUGUCAGAAAUGAUGAUGCAGAAGGGGCUGGAAAAUGAAGCGCCGGCGCCGCUUCAGAGUGGAGCGGAGGCCACUGUUGGGAGCGCCAACCUCGGCAAGAAGGAUGACCCCGGGGCCGUGAAUAAUAGCGACGAUGACUACGAUGACUUGCCUCCUUUGGAGGGGUAA